CCUGGUACACGUGGUAAACAUUGCGACGAAACUCAAACUCGAAGGAUUUUUCGUGUUUAUCGAUCUUAUUUUAACUCAAAAUGCCCAAAUUAAAGGCAGAGAAGAAGUCUAGAAAGCAUACAGAAAGCCAGCCAUAUCAACAAGGUCUACGAUUUCAAACUGAACAUGGACAGCAUAUACUAAAAAAUCCUUUGAUCAUAACAAGUCUUGUAGAAAAGACUGGUUUGAGAUCUACUGACACAGUACUUGAGAUUGGUCCAGGCACCGGUAACUUGACUGUCAAAUUAUUAGAGGCAACAAAAAAGGUUAUAGCUUGUGAAUUGGAUCCUCGUAUGGUUGCUGAAUUACAGAAAAGAGUACAAGGAACACCACAAGCAAGUAAGCUUAGUGUGAUGGUGGGUGAUGUCCUGAAAACAGAUCUUCCAUUCUUUGAUGUCUGUGUAGCAAAUCUGCCAUACCAGAUUUCUUCUCCUUUUGUAUUCAAACUCCUAUUACACAGACCAUUCUUCAGAUGUGCUGUUUUGAUGUUCCAAAGAGAAUUUGCACAAAGACUUAUUGCAAAACCUGGCGAUAAGUUAUACUGCCGACUGUCAAUCAAUACACAGUUACUAGCAAGGGUUGACCAUUUAAUGAAGGUUGGUAAAAAUAAUUUUCGUCCUCCUCCAAAAGUUGAAUCAAGCGUCGUCAGAAUAGAACCCAAGAAUCCCCCACCCCCCAUCAAUUUCAAGGAAUGGGAUGGACUUGUGCGAAUUGCUUUUGUACGAAAGAACAAGACCCUAGGUGCCUGUUUUAGCUCUAAGCCAGUUACAGAGAUGUUAGAAAAGAACUACAAAAUUCACUGCUCAUUAAAUCAUGUUAUGUUGGAUGCUGAUUUUAACAUCAAAGAAAAAAUAAACCAGAUAUUAGUAGAUGGAGGAUACGAUAAAAUGAGAGCAAGAACAAUGGAUAUUGAUGAUUUUCUUGGGUUACUGAACGUAUUCAACUCACAAGGAAUUCAUUUUGCUUAGUCUACCUGUCCCUGGUAAUCACUCAAUUUUACUGACCUUAAACGCCCAGUUCCACAUCUCACUUGACCACGAAAUAAAAAAAGAUUGGUAGUAA